AUGGACCCGCAACUCAUGGAAACGCAACCGUACGGGGACGCCGCUUUGCAGCCGCCUCAAGCAGAGGUCAAUGACUUCCUCCGCAAGAAACGAAAAGCUCGAGAGCACAAAGCCUGCUAUCCUUGUAGGAGACGCAAAGUAAAGUGUGACUUGUCCAGGCCUUGUCAAACGUGUAGAGAUCGCGACCACCCUGAGCUCUGCUCGUAUCACCCGCCAAGCAAGCGGCAGAAUGUGGAUGGUAAUUCGAAUGCGGGCUUGUCAAGACCUACCGACGAUGAAUCGCACGGCUUGCAAAGACCUCAGGAUCCGGGCUAUGUGAUGCUGGAGAGGAACGCCUUUGAUCUGCUGUGCYAUAAACUCAAUGGCUUGGAGAAUUCCAUUGCGGAUCUCAGACGUGAGAUACGUCAGAAUUCCUACGACGAGAACAACGGGGUUCAUGAAAGCGACGGUAGUAGCGAAGGUCCACGUGCGCAGACGCAUGCCGAUCUGCAUGGCCUACAUACGACGAAUCAAUCCGGCGAGAUUGUACACCUUGGCGGCGGGUCGGUACCAGCCAUGAUAUACGCCAUAACUCAAGGACAUCCGUCUAGCGGGGCGGAGCAAACACAACUUCAAGAGUUCCUGGGCAAAUCGGUGCUGCCUCUUUUUGGACUCGACAAUGAGUCUGCCAUAUAUCCGUUUGUUGACCUCUGGGGCUUACCGCAUGGUUCAUUACAGCGCGCUCGGGAGCUAUCGAAGGCUCUGCCAGGCGAUGCACAGAUGCUGAGUCUCUUUGCCUCGUAUAGAGACAUGGGUCAUAUCAUCUACCCCGGUCUCGCUGAGCUGGAUCAGCUCGAGUCAGACUUGGCCGCUUUCCUCGUCGACAGGUCGUCGUUAGCCAACCCGGACGAUGGGGUGACAGAGAAUACCAUUCAUGGACGCUCAUUCUACUGGCUUGGCAUGCUCUUCGCAGUCCUCGCGAGUGGUGCACAAUGCAGCGCGCUAACGCGAAAGGAACGUGAAUUGACAUCUCAAGUUUAUGUUUGUUGCGGGUUCGAAUGCCUGCGCUUCACGAAUUUCCUGUCGCAGCCUCACGUCGAGAGCAUCCAGGCGUUGUUGAUUAUUGGCAAUGUAAUGACGAAUAACAUGAACGCGGGAACAGCAUGGUCGCUGUUGGGGCUCACGAUACGACUCGCGCAAGGCCUAGGGCUUCACCAAGCGUGUCCACCUCACAUCCCUGCGGAGAAGGUGUUUCCUCGAUCUCGGAUCUGGUGGGCGAUAAUAUGGCAAGAUAGCCUUCUCUCCAUCACGUAUGACCGCAACGCGGCGCUGGAUGUCAACACAAUGCCAAUGCCUCAGCAUUUUGGACCCGUGAGCUCUUACCACGCUGCAAUGUACAGGAUGUGCAGGCUAUCGCUCGACAUCAUCCGCGAUAGAGCAAAGCCCUGCGCGGCCCGCGACCAUGUUGCGAGAAUUAAUCAGCAUCGCGAGGAGAUAUCAAGCAUCAUGCGGGAUGCUGUUGAGCAUCUUCGCGAUUCGCGCCAGUGCAACACCAGCAAGGAAACGCUGGAGCACUGGGCUCUAUACUUGCAUACCAGCUAUGCAACGUCAGAGCUAUGCAGGCCAGCAGUCAGUCCGAGCACCUCUAGUGAGAUUGUCAAAUCCUUCAAGCCGGUCUGCAUCGAGAACCUCGUCAAUACGAUUGAAGCGUUCCUCGGCUUAAACAACAUCACCUUCUUCGCGAGGCAAUCAUGGGCCGCUGUCCACCGAGGGCUCAGCUCGGCCCUGCUAUUAGGCAUUCUCGGCGAACACCGGCAUAACGAGCGGGCACGAAAGCUCAUCGGACGCUUCGUCACCCUCAUGAGCCAGAUCACUUCCACUGUAGAUCCCACCGAAGUCUCUGGCCCAGUUCAUCGUGGCAUUCAGGCUCUGAGAAAAUUGAAAAUAGAGGAGAAUCAGACUGGUUUCACAGACUCUUUGACAACGCCAAAAGAGUCGGCCGGUACAUCGGUCGAUGGAAAUGGGAACGGCGAGGUGAAGCUGGACCACAGCCAAAUCUUCACGCCCUCGAGCUCUGAUACGCCUGCCGAGGAGUUCUCUCCGUAUUCUGUCCUCAAUACUAUCUUAUGGGGAAACAAUGCUGGCGCUAUGCUUGACGGCGAGACUGCCCCAAUGUAA